ACGCGCGGGCACCGGCGCACGUAUAUAUCUCCUCUCCGGGCUCAUCCUCAACUCUGCCAGAGCCAGAUCUUCAUCUCCUGCUCUUCCUCGCUUCCCUCUGCUCUUUGCUCGGAUCGAGUUGUCGGACCAAUACAAUUCAUGGACGUGCAGCACGGGCACGCGGACCAGAGGCGUCCGGGGCGCGAGGCGGCGCUCAGGGCCGUGCAGAAGCCGCCCACCAAGCCCUGGCGCGGCACGGGCGCGUCGGCCUCGCCCCCGCCGCCGCCCAAGGUGUACCGCGUGGAGCCGAGGGAGUUCCGGGACCUCGUGCAGAGGCUCACCGGCGCGCCUCCCACGGCCACGGCCACGGCCACGGCCAGGGGCGUCAGGCAGCAGCAGCAGCAGCAGCAGAUGGCUCCCGUGCGCGCCGAGGAGCAGCAGCUGUACGCGCCGUGGUUCUCGUUCCCUCUGGCGGGGCUCGACGUCCAUCGCGGCAACGGCGCCCUCAUGUAAUCAUCAUAAAAUAGAUCAAGGGAAGCAGCAGCAAAAGCUUAGCUUUUUUUGUUUCUCUCUCUCACACACAAAUCAUACAAGUAAUAACAAGUGUAAUAAUAUGUUGGAUCACUGGUAGCAGUCGUUGUAUAUCUUCUCAAUAAUAAUGUCAUACUCGUUUACUA